UGGCAGACAACUACCGUUCAUUUAUAAACCCUAACCUCAAUAUCUUGCAAUAUAGUUAAACAACACGCGGCAAGUAUGGCAACUAAAAAAUUAAUCCAAAAGAAAAUCGACGGUAAGAAAGUGAUGGUGUUUUCUAAAUCAUAUUGUCCAUAUUGUGCAAAGGCAAAGAAAGUGUUUAACACCUACAUAAUCGAUGGACUUCUGAAAGCUGAGGAUUAUGACGUUUGGGAGAUAGAUGGAGUAGCUAACACUGACGAAAUACAGACCGAACUGAAGACGAUGACCGGGGCAAGUUCAGUACCUCGUGUAUUUAUCAAUGGAAAGUUUUUCGGUGGUGGAGACGAGGUAGUCAAGGCCGCACAAAAAGGAACACUCAAAGGAUUUAUUGAUCAAAAUGUUUCAAAAGCUCAGCAAUAACAGCAGUACUAACAAUGAGAAAAAAAGACCAUUCUGCGGCAUAACAGAAGACAUAUAACUAGAAGACAUAGAACUGUUACAUUGUGCAGGCAUCCGAUGAUACUUUAUUCAUCAAUUCUGUAACGGUUACAGAGGUUUAUCGAAAUAAAAAUGAUAUUUUUAUGAUAUUCUAAAAUGUUUUUAUGGAUGGCUAAAGAAAUUUGAAAUUAU